CGGUUGUGCAUCCGGGACGUUGGGGGUGACACGAGCCAUUAGCGAGGCCUACGACAAGAAUGUACAGCCAGUCCGACAUCAUUCUUACUUGUUAUGAACGAAAUAGCUGAGAAAAUAUUUUCCAAUGGCAAACACGGAGUUGUACCCGGAUCUGGUAGAAUUAUUUAUCUUCAUGUUUGCUGAUGAUCUAGCUCUACUAUAAAGUACACCGAUGGACCCUCAAAAUCUCAUGAAUUGCCUUGUGACAUUAUGUCAAGAGCUUGGAGUAGAAAUAAACUGGGAUAAAAGUAGAGGUCUUUAGAAAGGGUACCACGCCUUGUUUUGCACUUUAAAGUACAUAAAUAUACAAAGCCAUUUUUCUUGCUAGUAGCCGUGGUUAUAUCCCUGAAUGAUAAAUACGAUUUAAACAACAGUAUCUCACUGCGUUUAAGGUCCCUGUCAACAAUUAAUAACAUACCAGAAAAAGUUUCCCACAAGUAUUCAAGCAUCAAUAGAACUAUCCCAACACGACAUCUAUUUUUCGAACCUUGGUGCUUCAAAACUUCUUUUUUCGCAACGCUGAUUUACUCCGGCUUUAUGUUCCUGUACGUCCCAUCUGUGUCAGAGUUCAGAGUGUACACAGGAGGAUCUGUCUCGAACACCAGCCACGUGACUUUCUCUCACGACCGGUCUGGACAACGAGACGGACACAUCGUGUUGUGUUAGUUUUAAUGACGCCUGAGUGUUUGAGGGAAUCUUUUUAUGGUAUGUUAUUAAAUGUUGACAGCACCCGUAAAAGCAGUUUGUUUUGUAUUUUGUAACUAGAGCACGUAGACCUCAGCGCAUGUGUGAGAGCAGGGGUGCGGCACGUGACACACCCUUCUACCCUUUGUGCCUAUGUGUAGGUUGUAGAAAAACAACCGAGAGCUUAUUGUUCGAGACGGAUACAUCUUACCGUCCUGGAUCCUGAAAAAAGUCAUCCGGGACUACCUAUCUACGCACAAAAUGAAUCCUCUUCAUUUUUAACCUUCUAGUAUGUCAUCGAGAAAUAAUGCUGAAGUGGUUACUUUUAUUGAAAGCAAACAUUUGGAGAAAAAAGCACCCACCUGAAGUAAGGGGUUAACCAAAGCAGAACUUAUCUCCCUAACCAAGUCGGAAUGUAUCCGGGCAGAGAACUCCUCAUCCUUCACACAGUGAACAAAACACAUUCGUCGUCUUUCAUCGCCUCAGACACUUCAGUACAGAGGUAGCUGACAGUCUUUUUCAUCGCUCAUCAGUAAUGAGUCGGUCGUGUGGUGUGGUGCCGGUGAUCUUGGUCCUGAUCCUCACUGUGACGGGGACACAGGCGCAAUGUACACAAGAAGAACUCUACACAUUGUAUCAAUGCAUUCUACCUUACAACACGAAGUUCAUGCUAACAUUUGGAACCGGGGGUUCAUGCAACCGAGCUCUUAUCUCUGAGGACGUGUGCACUGACUUCACCGACAUUGUGGUCUGUGCCAACCAGAAAGACAUUUCCAGAACAUGUCGACAAUACGCUCUGGGACAGAUCGACCAAUCUAUGGAAAUUCCUUGUAAAAUCCGUGACUUUGAAGAAGUGUGCAAGAAAGCACCAGCAAUCGACAAAGGCAGGCCUGACGAGAGGGGGGGACAGGGGGGUCUGGUGUACCCGGGCCCGCGGCUGUCAAGGGGGCCCGGCCUUGGAGGUUGUGCCAGAGCUUCAGGCAUCUCGCUGGGGCUGCUGGGAGCGGUCAUUAUUGUGUCCCUGAUAGUGCAUAUGUAGCGGUCAGCGCGGUGAAGAAACGUGCAGGUGCAGCAAGUGUAGAGUGCAGAACUAAUAAGAGCAGGCUGAGGUGUUGCAUUUUUUACGUGAAUCAAACAAGACUUGACAUAUAUCCACACACCAUCAUACACAAAAAUACGUCCUCACAGAUAACUCUGUAUUAAUCUCUAAAUUAAAGUAACCACGUUUGCAUACUUAAUAAAACAAAUGUUCAAUUCUUUAAAUUUGACGUUUGGAGUUUUAUGUAUGUAUGUUAUGAAUGAAUUUACAAGUUUAUCUGCCUCUUAUUCUGUCACUAUUCGCAAGUUUGAGGUUUUGUUGUGUUUCUUCAUAAUAAUGGCAACAACUGAACUGCUCGUCCUUUACAUCCCAGCCAGACAACUCCGCUCCUCGUC